AUGGGACAAGGGAGUAGUAAACAGAGUGAUCACCGUUUGGAUUCCUACCCUUCCUUUAGUCGAUCAGAUACGCAGGGUUCAAUUCGAUCCUUCAAAUCUUUAAAGACAGCCUUACGGAAAGAUAAAGAUAAAGAUUCGAGUUAUGAUCGAAGAACGUCUACUGAUACCACCAACAGCCGCCAUAAGUUUCCAGAAACACCGCCCAGCCUUCCUCCGCCGCCAUCGCCGGGCAUUUUGGCUACAUCGGGUUCAGGCUCCAACCUGCACCGUCAAAAUCAAGAAGAAUGGGCCGCAGCUGGCAUGGGCUCUAGUCAAUCGCCCACUUCAAAUGCGGGUGGUGUCUCAUCAAGUAAUAUCAGCUCCGGGGGGUUGGCAAGUAAUCGGUCGCUAUCACCACCGCCGCUUUCUUCGGUUGCCUCUCCUGGAUCCUAUGACUCGAAUCAUGAACCGAUAGCAGAUUCAACAAGUGCUCCCGGUUACCUUCAAUACGACCCACAGGGACCGGUUGUAAUCCCGAAUUCUGCUUUAUCUGCGAUGAAUCCGGAUGAUCCUGAUGCACUGGUGAGUCUAAAUGUUGAUGAAAUGAUUCAGCGACUCAUUCAUGCUGGAUACUCUCGAAAAAGUAGCAAAAGCGUUUGCUUGAAAAACGCAGAAAUUGUUAGUAUUUGCAUGGCUGUGAGGGAGAUUUUUCUUUCACAACCCACCUUUUUAGAACUCAUGCCGCCUGUCAAAAUCGUUGGUGAUGUCCAUGGGCAAUACUCGGACUUAAUUCGAUUAUUUGAAAUGUGUGGAUUUCCUCCGAGCUCAAACUAUUUAUUUCUUGGUGAUUACGUUGAUCGUGGUAAACAGAGCCUGGAAACAAUUUUACUUUUAUUCUUAUACAAGAUUCGAUAUCCCGAAAACUUUUUUCUCCUUCGUGGAAAUCAUGAAUGUGCUAAUAUUACUCGUGUAUAUGGCUUUUACGAUGAAUGUAAACGACGUUGCAAUAUUAAGAUUUGGAAGACCUUUAUCAACAGCUUUAAUUGCCUACCUAUUGCUUCCGUAGUUGCUGGCAAAAUUUUUUGUGUGCAUGGGGGAUUGUCUCCUGCACUAAGUUCUAUGGAUGAUAUUAAAGAUAUUACUCGGCCCACUGAUGUUCCUGAUUAUGGUUUAUUAAAUGAUUUGCUGUGGUCUGACCCUGCAGACAUGGAAAAUGAUUGGGAAGAUAAUGAACGAGGUGUUUCAUUUGUAUUUAACAAAAAUAUUAUUCGGCAAUUUUUGGCAAGGCACGAUUUCGACUUGAUUUGUCGUGCGCAUAUGGUAGUUGAAGAUGGUUAUGAAUUUUUUAAUGAGAGGACAUUAUGUACGGUUUUUUCUGCCCCCAACUAUUGUGGAGAAUUCGAUAAUUGGGGUGCUGUCAUGAGUGUUAAUUCUGAGCUUCUUUGCUCUUUCGAACUUAUCAAACCAUUGGAUCAAGCUGCCAUUCGGCGGGAAUUGAAAAAGAGCAAACACAGCGGUAUGGCUGUUUACCAAUCACCUCCUGCUGAGCAGGUUACGCAAAGUGUCUGA